AUGGAGAAGAGCAGCUUCGCCAUGGCCAGGUUCGGUCUGGAGAGCAAGGAGGCGAUGCCCAAGCGGGACUGCGGGUUCUAUGUGAAGUACAUCUUCCUCUUCACCUCCCUCAUCCAGUUCCUCAUCAUCCUGGGGCUGGUGCUGUUCAUGGUGUAUGGGAAUGCCCAGGCGGGCACCGACACCCACCUGCUGCUGCUGGAGGAGCAGCUCCAGGAUCGUUACAGCAAGAUCAUCACCCUGAGCGGGAGGAACAUCAACCUGACCCGCGUCCUCAACGCCACCCUCAAGGAGAAGCAGGGGCUGCAGGCCCUGGUCCAGAAGGUGCAGAAGGACCUGGAGAAGUGCAACAGCACCCAGGUCCCCAACCCCAUCCCCAAGCUGCAGGAGAUGAUGACGAUCAUCAUCUACCAGGCAAAGAAGCUGGACGAGUGCCACGUGACCAUCAGUGUUAUCAACUCCAGCUGCAGUGCUGAGAAGGCUCUGCUGAGGAGCCAGCUGGACCAGACCACCCUGGCCAAGAAGGAGCUGGAGGAAAACUGCCGCAAAGCUGGUGCCACCUUGACCAAAACCACCCAGGAGCAGGAGAGCUGCCAGCGGGACCUGCUCAGCACCCGAACCCUCUGGGAAUCCACCAGGACCAACCUGGAGCUGCUGAAACACGAGUGCGGGACCUUGAGCCACGUUGCCAGCACCUACCAGCGCAUCAAGGAGACGCUGAACUCCUACGGCUGCAGCGCUGCCCAAGACCAGAUCAACUGGCUGACCCAGCAGAUAGAGGGGCUUUUCCGCUGGCAGCAGGACCGGGAGACCAAGUACGUGGGGAAAAGUGUCUGUGACAUGAACCUGCUCCAGUGUCGCAUCAACUGCUCCGGGGAGAAGCAGGAGCUGGAGAAGAGGCUGCAGGACUUGGAGAAACAGGUCAAGGGAGGGCAGGAGGAGAAGAAGAAGCUGCUGGCGGAGAAGGGGCAGCUUGGGAAGGAGCUGGAGGAGAAGAGCAAAGCUGCAGCACAGGCUGGGCACUUCAAGGAGCAGCUCAACAUCUGCAUGGGAUCCAAGAUAGAUGCCUUCUUUGACAUCCCAGGCUCACGAGUGCCAGGGGGGAGCGGGAGGCUGGGACCUUUCACCAACACCUAUGCAGAUGUUCUGAGGAACCCAGGCUUCCUUGGGAACACAGGUAAAAUCAGCGCAGAGGAGAUCCAGCGGUCGGUGCAGAAGAUCCUGGAGCAGUACACGUCCUCCCUGAAGAGCCCCAGGUCCCAUCAGGGUCCCCCAGGUCCCAUCGAUGCCUCCUGA